ACAACACUUGGAGUGCAUAGUUUUGGCGGCACGUCGCUGGUUUUGUUUACAAUUUAAUUUCUUUCUCUAAUCCAUAAUGUCGAUUACCUUGGAUUUCAAUGGGAAAAACUUGGCUAAAAGCAAGCCCCUGCAGUUGCACUAUUUGCCAGCUAAAGUAAAUGGCGACGGCGAAGCAAAUGUCGAGACGUACUUCAGCAAUUAUACACGUGAAGCACCCGAGUACGGAUCGGGGAUCCUGACCAAUGCCUUGCGCGGAUAUCCUUUGGUGGGCGAUCGUAUACAAGUGCCCGAAGGCUAUAAGGGCCUAGUCCUGCAGGAGACCGAGAAGCCUUUGAACGAGUCUGCGGACCGUCAAUUGCGUCUUACCGGUGUUUUUGACGAGUUCACCUACUGGAACUACGAUAAAGUCCCAUCAAAUGGCGAUCCCUACAGACAGGCUUUGCUCAUGGCAGAUGUGGCCCAGGCGCUGUCCGAACCCAUAAGCGAGGAGCAUUUGGAGGCAGAAAUCAGACAAAACCUGGAAAGCAAAAAGGAAAAUUAGCUCUUUAGCGCGCUUACAGCGUUUAUUAUAUAGUUUUCCAAAAGCUAAUCAAAUAUAAUCUUAACAUUUCA